AUGGAUGACGAUUUCGUAAAGAAGCGACUCGAGCGAGAUUUGGCCGAGUUGAAGCGAAUGUGCGACGAUCACUUCCAAAAGCGAGCUGCUGAUGAGGAAAACAUCACUUCUCUUGAAGGACGAAUGAACGACCGAAAAGCGCUCCGAGAAGAGCAGAAAAACGCUCGAAUGGAGAAGGAAAAGGCCAAGGUCGAGGCUGAGCGACUCGCCAAGGAAGCGCGAGAGAAGGCUGAAGAAGAGCGAAAAGCGAACGAAGCUGAGGAAAAAGCUGCUAUUCUUUCAGCGAUGUCGCAGGGCUACGAUAAAGAAGCUGCCCGAAAGCGACGAGGUGAGAAGCGACGACUCAAGCGACGAUCUGCUGCCAUCAAACAAGCUCAAGCCUAA